UGGUUAGAAAAACAAACCCAACUUCGCUUUCUUUCAUUUAUUUACUCUUUUUUCUUCAACAAAUUUCGUAGUAAAAAAAGAACCCAUUUGAAAUCUUUACUUUUUACAAAAACCCUUUUCAAAAUUUUUGAUUUUUAUAAAAACCCAUUUGAAUAGUUUGAUAUUUACACCUACCCAUUAUCAUGUCAAUAAACCUGAAAUCACCAGUUUUUGCAGGCAAUCCAAUAACAUCAAAAACCCCAAAAUCAACAGACCUAUUUUCACCAACACAAGCCUUUGAAGCCUUAAAGAAUCUAUCUUUAGGCCAAAAUUUAAUUUCUUUAACUUUCAAGAUCUUACCUUUUAGAAAAGGGAAGCCUUUAGCUGGAUCAAGUGGUGAUUUGGUGAAGAAAUGGCAUCUGGGUUGGUUAAAUUUUGAUGAUUUGAAAGAUGUUUUGGAUGGUUCAGAGGUUAGUCUGAGUGAAGAUUUGUUUGUUUAUUUGGGUCAUGAAAAUGAGAGUGUUGUGUAUUGGGGAAUUGAUGUGAGUUUAGGGGGAGAAAGUUUGGUUGAGAAAUUUGGUGUAAGGCAGCUUUGUUUUGUGCAAUUGACUACUUUGAUGGUGGCUACUGACUGGGCUGAUGAUAAUGCUAUGGGCCAACUUGCUAUUGCUGGCCAUGCAAGAUCAUUACUAGAAUGGCAUUCUACAUCAAGGUUUUGUGGAUCUUGUGGUGAAAAGUUAAUUCCAAUUGAAGCUGGCAGAAGAAAGCAAUGUAUAAGUGAAUCUUGCAAAAAGAGGAUCUACCCACGAGUUGAUCCGGUUGUGAUUAUGUUGGUUAUAGAUAAAGAAAACGACCGUGCACUUCUUAGCAAGCAGUCAAAAUUUGUGCCUAGAAUGUGGAGUUGCCUUUCUGGUUUUCUGGAGCCUGGAGAAAGCUUGGAAGAGGCGGUAAGGAGAGAAACAUGGGAGGAGACCGGCAUUGAAGUUGGUGAAGUAGUUUAUCAUAGUUCUCAACCAUGGCCAGUUGGACCUAGUAGCAUGCCAUGCCAACUAAUGAUAGGGUUCCUGGCAUAUGCCUCGUCGCUUGAAAUAAAUGUGGACAAGAAAGAAUUAGAAGAUGCCGAAUGGCACAGUAGAGAAGACGUGAAGAAGGCUUUGACUUUCACUGAAUAUGAAAAAGCACAGAAAACAGCUGCAUGGAAAGUUGACCAGAUCUGCAAAGGGGUUGAAAAAGGCCAAAAUGUGGCUGCAGAUUUUAGUGUGGAAAGUGGGGAGCUUGUACCUCUGUUUGUUCCUGGACCUUUUGCAAUUGCUCAUCAUCUUAUAUCAUCAUGGGCUCACCAGGUUGUCGGGAACACUUCUCAAGCACGGUAUACUCGUUUGUGAUUGUUGAGUACUCCAUUGAGGUUUGACUUGAUUCUUCAGACUACUUCAUGGUGACUUGGACAGUUGGACCCAUAAUCUGCUGGAACUCACGCUGGUCUCAAUGAUUUUCAAAUCUUAAGUUGACAUUAUACUCAAUGUAGAUGGUUUGUAACAGGAUUAUCACACUAUAUAUAUACACGUAUAAACUUCAAGUUAAAAAAUGUAUAUGAACAUUUUGCAUAUAUGGUAUGUGUUGUGCUUUUGGUUCACAUUAUAUAAUAAAUUUCUCGUUUUAAAAA